AUGACAUCUGAAUCCAGCUGCUGUCAUAACGGUGAUGACCGUGGUGGCUCUUCCGGCCUACCUGCGCCGGAACAACGCCCACUAGGAUCUAUUUUACCAGAAGAGAUUCGACAGGUGAAUCCAACCGAGACUCCAACGACAUCAUUCCUUUUACGGGCGCAGUUCGCUCCCGGUACUGCCUUUGCGUUUCGAGUCAUAUCCCUCGUCGAGCCACGAAAGUCGGAGCUGAAACCACAUCUCGAAGCGCUGCGCCGCGGUCUCGGCCGUCCCGAUACGCCCUUUCCUGCCAGAAUCACCUUUGCACACUACUAUGUCGGAGGCCCGAAGGAUUUCUACCGAGCCUACGUCGAUGUCUCGGGAAAAUCGCCAAAGUUGAUAGUCAAUGAGAAGCUCGAUGCGAAGAGACACGCAAUCUCCGACCCGGCAGAGAUGAUGCGUGCCGAGAAGGCGUGUCUCAAUGAUCCGCUGAUCGUCGAACAAAUUCGCCAGCUUUCGCUGCCGUCGGGUAGCCAAGUCAUGAUUGAUCCGUGGACUUAUGCCACAGACGAGAAGCUUGAUGUGGAGAAGAGAACUCUUAUUUGCUACUUCUAUCUCAAGGGCAAUGCUUCUGAGGUUGAUGCAAACCACUACGCCUAUCCACUGGACUUUUACUGUCACUUUGACAUGGUCAAUCUGAAAGUGGUUAAGCUCUUUCGACUGCCGAAGAAGGAUUUCGAACAUGAAGUCGAAAUCAAGCAGAACGAAGCGCAAUCUGCAGCUGCUGCUCCGUGGGGAACAGUGUCUCUUGAUCGCCAAAACGAGUACCAUCCAGAUUUGAGAUCCGGCCCGAAGAAAAUCCCAACACCUCUGCGCGUUGUACAGCCGGACGGCCCUUCGUUCCGUAUUACGGGUAACGUGGUGGAAUGGAUGGGCUGGAAGUUCCAUGUGGGAUUCAACUAUCGUGAAGGCAUGACUUUGCAUAACAUUACUCUCGAUGGACGCAAUACUUUUUAUCGCCUUGCGCUUUCAGAAAUGUUUGUUCCAUAUGCCGACCCUAGAGCGCCUUAUCAUAGAAAGGCUGCGUUCGAUCUCGGAAGCAACGGUGCUGGCGUCUGUGCGAAUAAUCUUGCACUCGGUUGCGACUGUCUGGGGCUGAUCAAAUACUUUGACGCUCAUCUGACUGACAUUAAUGGCAACCCUCGGGUGAUGAAGAAUGUCAUCUGCUGCCACGAAGUCGACGAUGGACUAUUAUGGAAGCACCUCAACUUUAGAACCCAAAAGGCUGCGCUUGUGCGCUCUCGCACUCUCGUUUUGCAAAGCAUCAUCACGGUGUCAAACUACGAGUACAUUCUUGCAUUCAUCUUUGAUACAGCUGGUGCGAUUCAUUACGAAGUUCGCGCCACCGGAAUUGUAUCUACGGUGCCCAUUGAACAAGGCGUCAAAUCUAGCGCCCAUGGAACUGUCGUGGCUGAUGGCGCUAUGGCGCCAUACCACCAGCACUUCUUCAACCUCAGAAUUGACCCUGCCAUCGAUGGCCAUGAGAAUUCCGUCGUUGUGGAAGAGACGGUUCCUCUUCCAAUCAACGAGGGUAACCCUCAAGGCAUAGGAUACCAUGUAAAGCAACAAGUGAUACAAAAGGAAGGAUUUGCUGAUAUAGACCCUCUGAAAAACCGUGUGUUCAAGAUUAUCAAUCCAUCCAGCCGCAACCCCGUCAAUGAUAAGCCGGUUGCAUAUGCUGUAGUUCCUUUCAGCAGUCAGCUCAUACUUGCCAACCCCAACUCAUUUCACGCACGACGAUCAGAAUUUGCCCUGCACAGCAUGUGGUUUACCAAGUACCAUGACGACGAGCUUUACGCUUCUGGAGAAUGGACAAACCAAUCUGCAGGAGAUGAGGGUAUAUUGACGUGGAUCAAGGGCAGGGAUGAAGAGAUUGACAAUGGCGAUGUUGUCGUAUGGCAUACUUUUGGCACCACUCACAACCCUCGCGUGGAGGAUUGGCCCGUCAUGCCUGUUGAGAAGCUUCAGGUCACACUGAAGCCAGUGAACUUCUUCCCACGAAACCCGGCUAUCGACUUGCCCAUGAGCACUCAGAAAGAUAACGAUUCCAAGUUGUACAGCCGAAUGUGA